AUGAAAUUGACCAACGAAAUCUUAUUAAAGAAUAAAUCUUUUGGUGAUUCCCCUCGUUCAUCUGGUUCACAAUCUGCUUCAAGUGCCUCUGCCAUUGGGGAAAACGAUCAAGUAUUAAAAGUAAAAUACAUUUUAUUAGCAAAGAAAUUAUUUAAAAAAGAAGAGGAGAAGAGAGAACUUUUAGAACAAUUAGAAUUAACUCAAGAAGGUCUUCAAUCCGAAAAUCACAAUACAAAAUCAGAGAUUAUAAUUUUUCAAGAUAAAUUCAAUAAGUAA